AACAGAAAACAGCGAAGCGCGAUGGCUUCAGCCGGCCUGGAGAUCCUGGGGAUGAUCCUGACCGUGGCCGGGUGGCUCGGCGUGAUGGUUGCCUGCUGUUUGCCCAUGUGGAGAGUAGCGGCAUACAUAGGCCAGAACAUCGUCAUCACGCAGAUCGUGUGGGAAGGUUUGUGGAUGAGCUGCGUGGUGCAAAGCACAGGACAGAUGCACUGCCGAGUCUACGACUCCAUGCUGGGGCUUCCCGACGACCUGCAGGCUUCCCGGGCUCUCACCGUUGUAAGUACGCUGCUCGGCGUGGUGGGCAUGGCUCUGGCAGUGGCUGGAGCAAAAUGCACCAACUGCACCUCAGAUACAGCAAACAAGCCGCGCAUUAUGCUGGCAGCCGGGGUGACGUUUAUAACGUGUGGGCUGCAGCUACUAGUGGCCGUCUGUUGGACAGCUAACGGCAUCAUCCUGGAUUUCCACAACCCGAUUCUAGAGGAGACUCAAAAGAGGGAGUUUGGGAACUCGCUGUACUUCGGAUGGGGCGCCUCCUGCCUGCUGAUCCUAGGUGGAGCCAUUUUAUGUUGUUCCUGCUCCUCAAAUUCACAGAACAAUGCCGUGCCGACAAGAGUAGACUACUCAGGGGUCAAAUCUAUGGUGGUGAAUGGAUAUGACAGGAGAGACUAUGUUUGAGGGGUCUGAAUCUUUGCACAUGAAGGACCUUGAGAGAAAAGCCAACAAGAUGUUAAAUGACAGCAACAAGCAUUCAAAUGUCAAUAACACAUUAAUGACUGGUGCUGAACUUUGAUUACCAACCUGGCGCCUGUUUUUAUUUUCAUUUAAUAAUGUAUUUGUUACUGUUGCAAUAACUUUGUGUUUUGAUCUAAGUUUAGCAUGAUCCAAAUGCUAAUAGGUGAAUAAUCAGUUGUUCUUUUAUAUCACUGAAAUUGUGAUAAUAAAUGCUGAUUUUCCACUCAUAUUGCAAAAUGAAUGGUUACACUUUUAUUUUGAG